AUGGCCGCCGCCGGAGGAGAUAGCGUCCGCCGCCACCGCCGCGUCCACACCGUCGCCGACACUUCUCCUUCCGCGUCCCUCCAGGGUGACCCUGAAAUUGGAGCUGCAUCAUCCGCAGAGCAGAGCCAGGGAGGAGGAGCAGGCCCUGACAAACAUGUUGGAGUUCCUGACAUUUCUAAGGCCGGGGACUCAAAGCUGUACGAGUUCAAGGAGCAGCUCCUGCUGCUGUCGACUUUGGUGGCGACGGUGACGUACGUCGCCGGGCUGAACCUGCCCGGGGGGUCCUGGGAGCAGGGCAACCCAGGGGGGCACCUCGCCGGCGACCCGAUUCUUCGGGACACUCACUACCGCCGGUACCUCGCCUUCUACUACUGCAACGCGACGGCCCUCGCCGCGUCGCUCGUGGUCUCUCUCAUCCUCAUCAUCUUGCGGAGGAAGAGCCCUGUCUGGACAGCAGUGCUGCAGAUCGUCAUGGUGCUCGACCUGCUCAGCCUCAUCGGUGCGUACGUUGCCGGGAGCUGCCGGGAUGCAUUCACAACCAUCUACGCGCUGGUGGUCUUCUGCGUUUUGGUAGUGGCCAUCAUCUCUGUUUUCUUCUCCCUUAUGGUGAAGGCCCUCAUCAAAUGGGCUGGCAAGGUCCGUGCCGCCGCCAGCCCGAUCAACACCACUGGUGGCAACCUCAGAGGCAUCCUCGCCUUGAGGCGAGUCACGACGGCGAUCAAGGCAAUUGAGUCGCUUGCAGCCGACUCCAAAGACCGUGCUGAGAAGGAGAUGGUUGAUGUGUUGAUGCUGCUCGCAACCUUCGCGGUCACCAUCACAUACGUUGCCGGGCUGAGUCCGCCUGGUGGGUUCUGGACCAGCACCCAAGACGGACACCGUUUGAGCGACCCGGUGUUACAAGCCCGUGGCCGGUACCGCGCCUUCUUCGUCUGCAACACCACCUCGUUCGCUUUGUCCCUGCUCAUCAUCGUGGUUCUCCUGGAGAGGAAGAUGCUCGGGAAGAGUAUGUUGUUUGGGAGAAAGAAGAUGAAGUUUGGGGGAAAGUCCAUCCCAAAGCGGCUUGCAGCGCCCUGUGGGUUGAUCGUCGUCGCUCUGCUGGGCCUCAUGGGGGCGUAUGCUGCUGGGAGCUGCAGAGAGGCUGACACCACUGUCAUGGUCCUUAUGGUGCCUGUCGGUGUAUGCCUGCUGCUGGCGCUUGUUUUCCAUUGGAAGCCACUCACAAAAAUGCAUAAUUUCGUCUUGAAAUUCUUCAAGAAACUCGCCCAUCUUGGCAUUCCUUCAGGUACCUACAGAGACACGGACGAUGACCACCUACAAAACACCCGUUAUCUUGUUAUGCUCCUUGCUACUCUUGUGGUAACCAUCACUUACCAAGCAGGACUAGAUCCACCGGGCGGCCUCUGGCAAGACGAUCGGGAUGGGCAUAAGAUGGGCCACCCGGUGCUCCAAACCACACAUCCUACUAGGUACAAAGUGUUCUUCUAUAGCAACUCGGCAGCCUUCAUCACAUCCCUGGUCGUCAACAUGAUGCUCCAGAGCAAGUUUCUGCUCACGCGGCACACGCUGGAAGUAACUCUCGUGUUCGACCUAUUCGGCCUCGUCACUGCCUAUGGCGCCGGAAGCACCAGGGAUGUAAUCACAUCCAUCUAUAUUGUUGCCUUGGCAGGCAUCGUCCUGGUCUACGUCAUCGUCCAUAUCAUCAUCAGAGAGCAUGAUCCUGAUCCGGAGGAUCAUGCUGCACUAAAGGAACUUGAUGCCAAGCGCAGGGUGCUAUUGUUGGUCGCUAUCUUGGCGGCCACCCUCACGUACCAAGCAGGACUCACCCCGCCCGGUGGCUUCUGGUUGGCAGAUGACCAAGGGCUCGGUCUCCGUGCGGGUUUCCCGGUCCUUCUACAUCAUUACCCUCGUCGUUACUAUGCAUUCUUCUACUGCAACGCGGCGAGCUUCAUGGCAUCAGUAACCCUCAUCCUUCUUCUUGUCAAUCCGAAGCUAUACAGGCCGGGCAUACGUUGUUAUGCGCUCUAUGUGUGCAUGCUGGUGGGCACAUUUGGCCUUAUGGGUGCAUACGCUGCCGGAAGCUCCCGGCAUCUCAGGACCUCCAUCUAUGUAUUGACCCUGGUCGGCGCAGUGGUUGCCUUCAUAGCCUUGCUGCUAGUCCUUUUCCGGUUAUUCCCUUUAUUUGACAAACCCAAAGAUAAAGUGCCGGCAACUCCCAAGACGGCUGAAGCAGGUCACAGCAGCAACAAGGCAACUUCCAAGACGGCUGAAGUAGGUCACAGCAGCAACAAGAGCAGCGGCAGCAAGAAGAAAGAAAAACUUCAAUACUUGAUGCUGCUAGGGAUCCUGGCUGCAAGUAUGACAUACCAGACUGGCCUAAAACCACCGGGUGGCCUAUGGCAGGACAACAAUGAUGGGCACUCUGCUGGCAACCCCAUUCUCCGUGACAUCAACAAGGACCGGUACAAUGCUUUCUUCUACAGCAACUCUGCCUCCUUCAUGGCCUCAAUUGUGGUGGUAGUCAUGCUGCUUCCAUUGACGAUGCUGCCAGAGAAAGACACAAAGUCGUCCGAGAAAGAAACAAAGUCGGUCAUGCUUCUUGAGAUGACGACGGUGCCCGUGAAAGACCCGAAGUCGCCUGACAAAGAAACAAAUUUGUCCAAGAAAGACACAGAGUCGGCCGAGAAAGACCUGAAGCCGACCGACGAAGGUACAUGGCCACUCUGGCCGAUGCAUACGGCCAUUUUGCUGGACAUGAUGGGCCUCCUGGUGGCAUACGCAGCGGGCAGUACUAGGAAAUGGGAAACAUCCAGGAACGUCAUGGUCCUCAUCGUUCCUGUGUUGGCCUACAUUGGGCUCUACGCAGCACUGUCAGUCUUCUGCCAUAGAAAAGAAAAGUCCAAAGUGGCAGCAGAUACCCAGGAUGGUGGUGAAGCCGCGUAA